AUGGUUGAUUUACAUUGGAAAUCAAAGAUGCCAGGUUCGGACAUGUCCUCCAAGUCUCCUAAACUCUCUCUCCCCACCAAGUCCUUACCCUCUCUGCAACUACCUUUCCGCACCUCAGAUAUCUCUCCCGCUGCACCUUCACUAUGUGCUGCAUACGAUUACUAUCUCUCUCUUCCACAACUCAGAAGCCUUUGGAAUUCAAGAGACUUCCCCAAUUGGAACAAUGAAUCGAUAUUGAAACCUGCCUUGCAAGCUUUAGAAAUCACUUUCCGCUUACUUUCACUUGUUUUCUCCGAUCCCAGACCUCAUUCCAACCACACAGAAUGGAACCGUAGGAUAGAGUCCCUGGCUAUUCAUCAGAUUGAGAUCAUAGCCAUGCUAUGCGAAGACGAGGAACAAAAUUCUCAGACACGUGGCACUGUUCCGACAGCUGAUCUCAGUUUAGAUGCCAUAAACAACAGCAAGAGCCGAAGCUACAGCGAGGCCAGCCUUCUUCCGCGGCUUGCCACUUGGUACAAAUCCAAGGAUGUGGCACAGAGGAUUCUUCUCACCAUAGAAUGCCAAAUGAGGAGGUGUAGCUACACCCUAGGGUUGGGAGAGUCGAACCUGGCGGGGAAACCGAACCUGCUCUAUGACCACGUGUGCAAACCGAGCGAAAUCCACGCUCUUAAAACGACGCCGUACGAUGAGCGCGUGGAGAACCAUGAGAAUCACGCGGUGCAUGCCACGCACCAGAUCGCCGAGUCGUGGAUCUACGCGUCGCGGAAGCUUCUGGAGAGGAUCUCGGACGCCAUUCUCUCUAGAAGGUUGGAGCAGGCGGCGGAGGACUGCCACGCGGUGGAGCGGAUCUGGAAGCUUCUCGCGGAGGUGGAGGAUCUCCACCUGAUGAUGGAUCCGGACGAAUUCCUGCGGCUGAAGAACCAGCUCUCAGUGCGCGGCGAAACGGCAUCGUUCUGCUUCAGAUCAAAGGAAUUGGUGGAACUUACGAAGAUGUGCAGAGAUCUGAGGCACAAGGUGCCGGAGAUAUUGGAGGUGGAGGUCGAUCCAAAGGGAGGUCCGAGGAUUCAAGAAGCGGCGAUGAAACUCUACGUCUCAAAGAGCGCAUUCGAGAAGGUUCACGUGUUGCAGGCGAUGCAGGCGAUUGAGGCGGCGAUGAAGAGGUUCUUCUACGCGUAUAAACAAGUUUUGACGGUGUUGAUGGGAAGCUCGGAGGCUAACGGCAACCGAGUUGGACUGAGUUGCGACACGGGUGACUCGUUGACUCAGAUAUUCCUUGAACCGACGUACUUUCCAAGCUUGGAUGCCGCCAAGACUUUUCUCGGAUACUUCUGGGAUAAUAACGAUAAUAAAUGGCCAUGA